AAAUUUAUUUUUAUAUUUAAUUAUAAAAAUUUAAAUGCAGAUCUAUAAACAUCCAAAUACUUAAAAUAGAUGUUUUAAUGCUUUAAAUGUCUCGAUCUUCGGACUUAUGAUGAGUCUGUGCGUCUAUUUACUGGUGAUGCACACUGCUCUUCGUUUAUUAAAAUUACUCCAAUGGUGGAUGAAUGUGCUCGCAUUUUGAAAGGGAUUGCAGAGAGAGAAGCUGCAUAGCUAUGGAGUCUGUGAAGAACAAGCUCAUGGGUCAUUUUCUUGCUUGUUUUCUUGAAGCAGCUGAGUUUUACUAGAGCUCUGCUUCAAUGAUGGAUAUACCUUCUAGAAAUGGGAAGAAACUGCAGGAGAAGCUCUGUACAACCUUGAAAAUUUGUUGCCACUUUGUGUUUACGUCAAGGUUCUUUUGGGGUUAGUUUUUAUUCCUCAUCGUCUGAUUGCAUGUGUGAAAGUGGUGUCACUUUUUUUUGAAUGAUAGAAAGUGGGUUCACUUUUAAUGGUGGUUUGCUAUCCCAAAAUAGAAAAAAUUUCCGAGAAGCUCUAGUUCUGGAAGAGCAGUCUUUCUUACCAAACUUUUUUGUUUUGAGUUUCUUCACCAGUGUUUUUGAGGGUUCUCCUCCCAUUCAUGACGCUGGUCUUCGAGGUUACUUGCCUUUUGGGUUUUGAGGCAUAUUAAAUCACCAUCACCGUGCUCUAAAGGGUUUACUUCAAAAACAGGAAGAAGUUGCAGAGAAAGCUCUCCGUGGCCUUGAAGAUUCACUCUGAUGUCCAAACUUUUGUGCGCUUUUGCUUCAUGCCAUACUCAUUUUAGAUCUUUCUUUUUGGAAAGCUGAGCUCUGAUAGAAGUAAUUGAAGAGAGGAGUUUCCUUCUCUAAAAAGAUAAUAAUUUUUAGCUUCUGUAGCCUUCCUUAUCUAGGAUGUAUUCAAAAAGGUUUUCUGGCCCUCUGCUGUGUGUUUACAGAAAAAUAGCUUUAAUGGCAGACUGACGUUCCAAAAAACAGCCGCCAAUUGAAGCAUGACAAGGUCCCCAACUCGUAAACUUUAGCUUCAGUUAUCGACCUUCUCUCCAAUGGGGAAACGCAUUCCAGAAAUUAAGAAAGAGCCAUUGGAAGCAAAACCCAUUUGAAGAAGUCCCUGAUGAGGACCAGAGAUAGAAAAAAAUUGCAGAGAGGUGUUGCUCUUACAAAUGCUUGAGAGUAAGGAAAGGGAAGGGAAAAUGCCCACUGUUUGGUUCACUCUAAAGAGAUCGCUCCAUUGUAAAUCAGAGCCCUCUGAGGUCCAUGAUCCGAAGUCUAGGCGCCAUUUGAGCACAAUCCUCACAAGAAAAACAGGGAGAUCGGGUUGUUCGAGGUCCAUAUCAAACCUUAAAGAUGUGAUUCAUGGUAGUAAAAGACACAUUGAAAAGCCACCAAGUUGUAGUCCUAGAUCAAUUGGUAGUAGUGAGUUCCUUAACCCCAUUACCCAUGAAGUCAUUCUUAGCAAUUCUAAGUGUGAGCUCAAGAUCAGUGGUUUUAAUGGCCACACUGACGGCGACUCUACUUUUGUGGGUACAUUAAGGCCUGGUACACCUGGUCCAGGAGGACACCAUGCCGUAAACUGUAGCCCUUCAUUUAGAGGUGGUGCCACUACACCUCCAAGGAAAUCACCUGGUUUCUUCUCUGAUAGAAAUGGCUCCAAAUAUGGAGGCUCUUCUAUUUCCACUGCUAUAUUUGGCGGGACUGGGUUAUCGACAUCGGGUCGCAGGUCUUCUCAUGAGGCUGAUGGCCAUUUUUCGAGUGUGACUUGUCACAAGUGUGGGGAGCAGUAUGCAAAGUGGGAGGCUUUAGAAACUCAUCAUCUCUCUAAGCAUGCCGUCACAGAACUAGUAGAAGGCGAUUCCUCAAGAAAGAUAGUAGAGAUAAUAUGCAGAACAAGCUGGUUAAAGUCUGAGAACAACUGUGGCAGAAUAGAGAGGGUCUUGAAGGUCCACAACAUGCAAAAGACUCUUGCUCGGUUUGAAGAAUAUAGAGAGAUGGUAAAGAUCAAGGCUAGCAAACUUCCCAAGAAACACCCCCGUUGCCUAGCUGAUGGAAACGAGCUAUUAAGGUUUUAUGGCAGCACCAUUACCUGUUCACUUGGCAUGAAUGGCUUUUCAAACCUUUGCAACUCUGAAAAAUGCAGUGUUUGCCGUAUUAUCCGACAUGGGUUUUCUACAAAGAAGGAAGGCAAAGGAGGAAUAGGAGUCUUCACAACUUCCACAAGUGGAAGGGCUUAUGAAUCCAUUGAGUUAUUUGAAGAAAAUCCAUCUUUAAGGAAGGCUCUACUUGUUUGUAGAGUGAUAGCUGGGAGAGUUCACAGGCCUUUGGAUAAUAUGCAGGCAUUAUCAGGCCAAUCUGGGUUCGAUUCAGUGGCUGGAAAAGUGGGUCUUUAUUCUAACAUUGAGGAACUUUAUUUGCUCAAUCCUAGAGCUUUGCUUCCUUGCUUUGUUGUUAUCUGUAAGCCCUGAAAAUCCUUUUUAUUGUUUUUGGUCAUUUUUUGCAGCAUGAAUGGUUGUUGGGUAGAUGUUAGGUUUAUUUUGUUGCCUGGUAAUGUGCUUAAUGGAGUUUCCUCAGGAACCAAAAGCCAUCACUAAUGGUUUCCUUCUUGUGCAUGCAAAGCCAAAUGAGUGAUUUAGAUAUUCUGAUGAGCUGAAACCUCCUUCACCAUCCAUGCUGCACUUUUGAUUUAUUUAUGCCGGUUCAAAUUGU